AUGUGGUGUAUUCGUCAAGUAGUUUUUGACUGUUUGUUUUCUAAGGCAGCCUUCAAUCUCAUUGAGAAAGGUAUCACAAAUUUGGUAUGUAUCGGUGGAGAUGGUUCACUUACUGGUGCAAACAUGUUUCGAAAAGAGUGGCCUGGACUUAUCCAGGAGCUUGUGGAGACGAAGAAGAUCACAGCCGAAACCGCACAGAAUCAUCCCAAUAUCCAGAUUGUAGGUCUUGUUGGAUCAAUCGAUAACGAUUUUUGCGGAACUGACAUGACCAUUGGUACUGACAGUGCGCUACAACGUAUCAUAGAAUCGAUUGAUGCAGUAGUUGCUACUGCUCAAAGUCACCAACGUUCAUUUGUUGUCGAGGUUAUGGGACGGCACUGCGGUUACCUUGCGCUAGUUGCUGCCUUAGCAUCUGAAGCUGACUUUUGUUUCAUCCCCGAAUGGCCUCCUCCAGUGCACUGGAAUGAUAUUCUGUGCAAGAAGCUUCAAGAGAUGCGUGCGGAAGGUCAACGACUGAACAUUAUCAUUGUUGCUGAGGGAGCAAUUGACCGAAAUGGCACUCCAAUUUCUGCUGAGGAUGUAAAAAAUGUCGUUGCUAAUACGUUGCAUUAUGACACCAGGGUUACCGUCUUAGGUCAUGUCCAGCGUGGCGGUUCACCAUCUGCUUUUGAUCGUCUUCUUGGUUGCAGAAUGGGUGCCGAGGCUGUGCUUGCCCUUAUGGAAAUGAAUGAGGAAUCUGAACCAUGCGUCAUUUCCAUUGAUGGCAACCAAAUGGUUCGUGUGCCUUUGAUGCAAUGUGUGGAACGAACUCAAGCGGUGCAAAAAGCGAUGAACGAAAAGGAUUGGGAAUUAGCUGUGAAACUGCGUGGGCGAAGCUUCCAGCGAAAUCUCGAAACUUACAAAUUGUUAACAAAAUUGCGUACAGUCGAGAAGGAUAACCUUUCUGGUGGACAGAAUUUCAAUGUCGCCGUCAUGAAUGUUGGAGCUCCUGCUGGAGGCAUGAACGCUGCGGUCCGCUCUUUUGUACGAAUGGCUUUGUACCAUCACUGUACUGUGUAUGGCGUUGAAGAUUCGUUCGAAGGCCUAGCGAAUGGAGCCUUUAAGAAAUUCCAAUGGGGUGAUGUGACGAAUUGGGUGAUGUACGGCGGUUCAUUCCUUGGCACACAGAAACAACUUCCGAACGAGAAAAACAUUCCGGUAAUAGCUGAACAGCUUAGAAAGCAUAAUGUACAGGCACUUCUGCUCGUCGGAGGGUUCGAGGCCUACCAUUCAACCCUAAUCCUGUCGAAAAACCGGGACAAGUACCCUGAAUUCUGCAUACCUUUGUGUGUAAUUCCAUGCACUAUUAGCAACAACGUUCCCGGUACUUCCUUAUCUCUUGGUUCGGAUACUGCCCUGAAUGAAAUCUGCAGUAUGAUUGACAAGAUUAAACAAUCAGCUACAGGAACCAAACGGAGAGUGUUUAUCGUUGAGACGAUGGGUGGGUACUGCGGUUAUCUCGCCACGCUUUCUGCUCUCGCCUCAGGUGCUGACAAUGCUUAUAUCUACGAGGAGAAGUUCACCGUAGAAGACAUUAUUGAGGAUGUAGAAGUUAUUGCCGCCAAAAUGGCUCAAGGAGUUCAGCGUUACCUUAUUGUUCGCAAUGAAUGUGCCAAUAAGAAUUUUACAACGGAAUUCGUUAAGCAGUUGUUUGCCGAGGAAGGUAAAGGCGAGUUCUCAACUCGUAUUAACAUCCUUGGUCAUGCUCAGCAAGGUGGUAGCCCAACACCUUUCGAUCGUAACAUGGGGACGAAGUUAGCUGCUAGAGCCCUAGAAUAUAUCAUCACGCAGAUAAAGGAUUCAAUGGUAGAUGGCGUUGUCUCAGCAAAAACCCCUGAAACAGCGACACUACUCGGUCUGACCGGAAGACGCGUGGUCUUCACUCCCGUGGAAGAACUAGCGGCAGAAACCGACUUCGAGAAGCGUCUACCAUGUGAUCAAUGGUGGCUGAAACUUCGACCUUUACUUCGUAUUCUCGCUAAGCAUACUUCCAUUUACCAUACCGAAGCCAUGGAAGAUACUGAAGAGUACGAUUAG